AAAAAAAGUUUAUUGGAUGAAUGGAAAUGAAGCGAUUUUGGGACAAAACGAAUUCCAUCAAUUUUUCGGCGUAUGAUGUGUAGCGCAUGCGCACCGCUUGCUCUUCCUUUUUGAUAGCUUCUUCACCAUGGCGCCUAUUAAGAAGCAGAAUGUCAGCAAAGGUGGUAAGAAGAAAAAGCAGGUCCUAAAAUUCACACUGGACUGCACGCACCCUGUCGAAGAUGGCAUCAUGGAUGCUGCCAACUUUGAACAGUUUCUGCAGGAGCGCAUUAAAGUGAACGGCAAGGCCGGGAACCUUGGUGGCGGUGUGGUCUCCAUUGAGAGGAGCAAGAGCAAGAUUACAGUGUCCUCUGAGGUGCCCUUCUCCAAAAGAUACCUGAAGUAUCUGACAAAGAAGUACCUGAAGAAGAACAAUCUCCGUGACUGGCUGCGUGUUGUUGCCAACACCAAGGAGAGCUAUGAGCUCCGCUACUUCCAGAUUAAUCAGGACGAAGAGGAGGAAGAAGAUGAUGAUUAAAAUGGCAAUUAAUCUGAUUUUGUGUAUUUAAAUAAAUGUUGUUUACAAUACAGA